GAUUGAAGAAUCAAAUCGAGAAAGCCAUAUUCCGUGAUUGAGUAUAGAAAAUCAGACAUGAAAUUCGCUUGGUAUUAAAAGGCGGCUGCCUGGUCAAAAAGCUCUACCUUCUAUUGUACCAGCUGUCUCUCUCUCUCUCUGAUAUUUCUCGCUUGUUUCCUCUCGUCUGCUUUUAUAUCUAAGCCCUUUAACAACCUUUUGGCUUGCCACGCUGCUCCAUAACCAACUUGGCCUAGCUAUCAUAGAGGAAACUGAUCAGAAUUUUUACAAGAAAGAAUGGAAGUGGUGAUACCAGCUGCGCCGGUUAUGGAUUUUGAUUUCAACAGCACUAGAUCAUCUCCUCGCUCGAGUGCUCCUUCUACGCCUAAACGUUUUGGUGACUGUUUCUUCAGUGCGCCGACGAGUCCCUCGCGAAUGUCUGAGUUCUAUCGUGAAUUUGAUAGAUUCUCCAUGAUGAAAGAUAGGCAAAGCAGCAUAGGAAGCAGCUCCUUGGCGAUUCCUUUUGAUUGGGAAGAGAAGCCAGGUACACCAAAGUCACCAAGAGCAACUGGAAAUGAUGAGGAAGAAGAUGAUUUCGCUUUUGAUUUUAGUGAGGCCUUGGAGAAAACAUCUCUCCCAGCUGAAGAACUCUUUGAUGGAGGGAAAAUCAGGCCCUUGAAGCCUCCACCUCGGUUACAGGUUGACGAGUGCAACCAGAAAAGCCCACUUUUGUCAUCACCAAGGUCGCCAAGAUCAGCAUUAUCCCAAGGUAAAAAGAUUAUCCGUGAAGCUUUUUCACCAAGAAAGAAAAAGGACCGGGACCCUUUUGCAACUGCUAUCGAAAGUAGUCGAAAUGAUACAGAACAUGGAAGAGGAAGAGAAAGAGUUCAAGAUUUCUCAUCAAGGAAUUCAAGCCGUAGAGCAACAAGAUCCCUUUCUCCUUAUAGAGUAUCUGAAUAUCCAUGGGAAGAAGAAGAGAAACAGCAGCAACGUGAAACCACCAAGCAAUCACCAUUGAAUUCAAAGCCUUCCUUGCCUUCAACCUCGUCUAAGAGUUCUUCCAGAAAAUGGAGAUUAAGAGAUUUCCUGUUGUUCAGAAGCGCAUCCGAGGGACGUGCGACGGAUAAAGAUCCAUUCAGGAAGUUCUCAUCAGCUUUUUCAAAACCCGAAGCUGAUACCAAGAAUUCCAGCAGUUUCCGAUCCACCGACAGCUCUGGUUCAGUCGUUCCAGAAAAAAUAUCGGCUCAUGAGCUACAUUACACAACGAACAAAGCGGUAUCCGAGGACAUGAAGAAGAAAACUUUCUUGCCAUACAAACAAGGUAUCCUGGGGAGACUAGCGUUCAAUCCUGCCGUCCAUGCCCUUGCCAACGGAUUUGGAACACUCACACGUUCAUAAACCAUCAUCAUCGAUCCUCCAUUACUUUAUUCCAAGUGAUCAUUUCAUUUGUUUGUUGUAAAGAUUAUCCUUUUGAUUAUUCCUCUGAAAGUGUAGAAUUCGUACGAGGAACAAUAAUCAUGAGUUGUCUGCAAAUCAAUGAAAAUUUUCGUGUUGCAUGCUAA